GGAUCAGUACGCUUUUUUCGCUUCCCCUUUCUAAAAAAGCCCUGCCAACCUGUAGAGCGUUUCAGUAAAGAAGGGUGUUGACGCACGGAGCAGUCGACAAGUCCCAGCUAUUACUUGACAUUGUCUUCGUUUUUUGGACUUCAGCUCGUCAAGGGCAGAAGAGCAACAAGUGAGAAGAUGUCAAAAAUCUGUGCUUUGGUGUUGAUGACAAUCGUCUCCCUGGCGUUUGCUGAAGAAAAUAAUUCUGAAGAUGACCCAUUUACCUUUGACUACCACAGACUGCGUGUCGGAGGUCUGAUUUUGGCAGCUGUCCUUUGUCUCAUUGGCAUUACCAUCCUUUUCAGUGGCCACUGCAGGUGCAAGUUCAAGCAGGACAAAAGGAGGAGGGCAGAAAGCAAUACUCAGGCAAUGCUUGCCGACCAAGGUCGUGCCUGUGAUUGCUAGAAGUUGACAAGAAUACAAUGACUCGCAGAAGUCAGAUUCUGAGGAAGCUGCAGCAUUUGAGACCCAAGCAGAGGCUUUUUCAUUGUUACAGGAAACAACAGGAAGUUGUAAGAUGUGGCGGUCUUUUGUGAUUUAUUUGUACCAGAAAACUGCCCGCUCUUCCAUACACAGUUGGACGCGAACACCCUUGUACACACAUGUAAUAUUACUCCAUGUCAUUCAAGUCAACCUUUUCCACAAACAUAGUACCAAAAAUCCUUUAAAUAGGUUGUGUCAAAUGUCUCACACUACUAUUUGUAGUUGUGUCUUUGUGUAUAGAAAAAAAGUUGAGCUAGACGUAAGUUACUGUAAGCAGCCUAACAAUGUGCAUAUGUUAAUGUCAAAUAGAAGUAGCCAUACAUGUUAAGAGUUAAUAAUUUAUGAUCGUUUUAGCUUCAUUUAGCAAUAUGGUGGAUGCUGGGGUUUAAAAACACAGAAUCUCUGUCAUGUUUCUGUUAUUAAAGAAUCAUUAAAAUUGCACGCAAAA